AUAUACUGUUUUGUCUUUUAUCUACCUCCCCCAAAAACGUCCGUAUGUCUUCUCCUUCUCUCUCUCCAUUGCCACUCCAUACAAACUUCCAUUAUGGGAAAAGAAAUUAAAAGCUCCAACCUUUACCCUUGAUAAAAAACAUCUCUUUCUGACGUCGUCUCUUGAAAUCCCUCUACUCUUUGCAUACAAAAGCUUGCAUCUUGAGAGGUUUUUCACAGAUUUUUUUUUUGGGUUUGAACUAAAGAAGCUCUGUUUUAGCGAGGAUUGCACAUGGUGGGUACUGAUAGCUUUCUACCCUUCUCAAGGGCGAGGAACAUGCCUUGGAUUUUGAGGUCGCGGAGCAAGAGCAUUAGCCAGUCAGAACUCGCCAAGCGUCCUGACCCGUUCUUCUUACCGGAUCUGCUUGAUGGGUUUGAAGAGACUAAAUACGGUUGGCUUGCUGAUGAUGUAAGGAGGCUCUGUGAGCUCAAAAGGAAUCUCUUAAACGGUUCUGUCUCAUCAGUGGAAGAUGUUGUAAUAACUAGACGACAACAGAAGAAGGAAAAACCUGUCAAGUUGGAUGAUGUGUUGUUGUCUCAAGAAUCAGUCACUAGCGGAGAUUACUCAGGAUCUGAUGCAUGUCCUGAAGGUUAUAACGAGGAGGAUUCAUCCAAGACUCCUCCUACAGAUUAUUAUGACAAUGAAACUCAUGUAUUCAGAGAUGUUGUUGCUGAAGAAGAAGCAGAACUCUGGAGACAGAUGGCAUUUGCUCAAGAAUCAUCAUCCAAGGUAACGGUGGAGAAUUUACAAGACAACGAUCCCAAACAAGUGGAAGACUGUGAGCACUCCUUCAUCUACAAGGAUGACGUUGGAGAAGUGUGCCGUGUCUGUGGACUCAUCAAGACACCCAUCGAACGCAUCAUCGAGGUUGUCUACUACAACAAGCCGAAGAGAUCAAAAAGAACUUACAUACGCGAACAAGAAGAAGACACAGAAGAAGAAACGAGGAUGGACUUCUCUUCUUCUCAGACCAACAACAACAUUCUUGGAGACAAGAUGUUCAUCCACCCAAGGCACGACAAAGAGAUGAAACCUCACCAAAUCGAAGGAUUCAAGUUCCUAUGCAACAACCUCGCAUCUAAUGAGCCAGGAGGUUGCAUCUUAGCACACGCCCCAGGAUCAGGCAAGACGUUUCUCCUCAUCAGCUUCCUCCAAAGCUUCAUGGCAAUGGAUCCAGACGCCAAACCCUUGAUCGUCCUCCCAAAGGGGAUCAUAGAGUCGUGGAAGAGAGAGUUCACCAAAUGGGCGGUGGAGAACAUCCCUCUCUAUGAUCUCUACAGCGUCAAAGCCGAAUCAAGAAGACAGCAGCUCAACGUUUUGAGAACAUGGGUUGAGCAAAGAAGCAUCCUCUUCCUCGGGUACCAACAGUUCGCCAAGAUCAUAUGCGAUGAUAGUUUUAACACAGAUGAGUGUUCAGAAGACUGCAAGAGGAUCCUACUCGAGAAGCCGACGCUGCUUAUCCUCGACGAAGGUCACACGUCGAGGAACGACGAGACGAACAUCCUCAUCGCCCUAGCUCGCGUCAAGACUCGUAGGAAAGUAGUCCUCACGGGUACAUUGUUUCAGAACAACGUCAAGGAAGUGUUCAACAUCCUGAACUUAGUUCGUCCCAGGUUCUUGAAGCGUCAUAGAGAGAUUGUUUCGCGUAUCAUGAGCAAGGCGGAGAUACCUAGCGGCAAACAUUUGAACCAGAGUAGUAUUGAGAACACUUUCUUUGCUGCCGUGGAGCUCACGCUGAUGAGCAGCACCACAGAGUCUUCAGCUAAAGCGAGUUUGAUAAAGGAUCUACGCGAGAUGACGUGUCAGGUAUUGCAUUAUCACAAAGCGGACUUCAGGGGAUUGCUUCCGGGGCUUACGGAGUUUACUGUUAAGCUCAACUUGAGUUUACUUCAGAGAGACGAAGUCAAGGGACUGAGGAAGAUGGAACUGUUCAAGCAGAUCUCUCUCGGUGCUGCUUUGUAUAUACACCCGAAGCUUAAAACAUUCUUGGAGGCAAACCCUUCGAACGGAGAUAGCAAUAACGUGCUGAAGAAGCUAGAUAGCUUGCUGAAGAAGAUUAACGUUAAAGACGGCGUGAAGAUGAAGUUCUUCCUCAAUCUAAUAGCUCUGUGCGAGUCAACGGGAGAGAAGCUGUUGGUGUUCAGCCAAUACAUCAUCCCUCUCAAGACUCUCGAGAGGCUCGCGAGCUUGACGAAGGGCUGGAGGUUAGGGAGAGAGAUGUUCACGAUCACAGGGGAGUCGAGCAGCGAGGAGAGAGAGGUGUCCAUGGAGAGGUUCAACACCUCUUCUGACGCUAGAGUGUUUUUUGGAUCGAUCAAAGCCUGUGGAGAAGGGAUAUCGCUGGUUGGUGCGUCGAGGGUGCUGAUUCUCGACGUUCCUCUUAACCCUUCGGUGACUCAGCAGGCUGUGGCGAGAGCUUAUAGGCCGGGGCAGACGAGGAGGGUGUUUGCGUAUAGGCUUGUGGCUGCGGAUUCGCCGGAGGAGGAGAGCUAUGAGACGUGUUCGAGGAAAGAGAUGAUUUCAAAGAUGUGGUUUGAGUCGAAUGUUGGAUGUGGAGUGAGAGGAGAUGAGUUUGGGUUUAGGGAAGUGGGUGUUGAUCACUCCGGGGAUGCGUUUCUUGAGACGGACAAGAUGAAGGAAGAUAUCAAGUGUUUAUACACUAGGUGAAGUAGUUAAUCUGUUAAACCGAGUCUAACCGGCUAUAACCGGUUUCUGAUUUUUUGGGUAAAUCAGAUACAAUUUAAUUUUGAUUUGAAUUCU